AUGGUGCUGCUACUACACAUAAAUGCGGACUACCACCACGUGCUUGACAGCUACGAGGAAGCGUGGGUUGCGUGGUCACGUCUUAAGUCGUUGUACGGUGGAUCGCAGAAGGCAGGACGCACCUUUCUCAAGCGACAACUUUUCAGCACCAAGAUGGAUGAAGGCGCGAACGUCAUGCACCACUGCAACGAGGUCCUCAACGUCUCCGCUAAGCUUAGCGGCAUCGGUGCGAAGAUGGAAGAAGAAGACGUUGCAAUCUGUCUGCUGCUUAGUCUUCCAAAGAGCUACGAAAAUGUGGUGCUCAACAUGGAAAUGAGCAGCGCCGAGCUUCGUAACCAAGAUGUGGUGAGAGUGCUGACGAAUGAGCACGCCAAGAGUCAAGGAGAAAAAAAAGGACAGCAACAGCGACUACGGUGUAGGCUGAAGAUGCAAGCAAGGCAUUCAGCGCCGAGCGUUAGCGCUACCAAUGCACGUAUUGUGACAAGGUGGGACACACAGCAGAGUAUUGUUGGGCGAAGCAAAAUUGUGAAGGUUGAGGAGCCCAACGCGGCGGCAAUGCCUGUGGACGCGAAGCGAACGAUGCCCAGUGGAACAUAA